AUGAACUCGAAGGGCAAGGUAUUGAUAGAUGUCGACUUUUGUUUAUUCGACUUGGACGGCACAAUCAUCAAAACUACAGAGGCUGUGGAGAAAGCGUGGACCAAGUUAUCUCUGAAGCACGGUGUAGACCCUGACGAGCUAUUCAAACAUUCUCAUGGGACAAGAACUCAAGAAGUAAUCCAGCGAUUUUUCCCACAGUUGCACGGAGAUCUAAAUGGUGCUGUGGAGCAAAUGGAACUGUCCAUCGCACGAGACUAUUGCGAGUCGGUCAGUCUCAUAGCUGGAGCAGCAGAAUUGCUGCAAUCGCUGGAUCUCAGUAACGGAAAACAGCUCGAAGAACGCAAUUGGGCAAUCGUGACGUCGGGAGCGUAUCUGGCUCGUGCAUGGUUCGACAACAUCCUUAAAGACAUCGGUCCACCCAGGGUUUUCGUCACCGGAUUUGACGUGGUCAAGGGAAAACCCGACCCACAAGGCUAUGCAAUGGCCUCCAAACAGCUCGGCGAGAUCUGGUCGAAGGAUCCUGCGAUGGUCAGGAACGUCGUAUUCGAAGACGCUCCAGUUGGCAUAAUGGCCGGAAAACGCAUAGGUGCAAUCACAGUCGGGAUCACCUCAUCGUACGACAAGGAAAAGCUCUUUGAAGCUGGCGCUGAUUACGUGGUUCCAGAUUUGACUGGGAUUCGAGUGGUCAACAACACAGCUGCAGGCGUGAAACUGGAGAUCACGAAUCGUCUAUUUCGGUAA